AUGCAAUUCAAAUUCUUAGCUCCUCUUGCCCUUGCUGGUUCCGCUGUUGCCGGUUUCUCUAACGACACCACCGUCACUGAAGUCGUCACUGCUCUCACCACCUACUGCCCAGAAGCUACUACCAUUGUUACCAACGGUAAGACUUACACUGUCACCAGUGCUACCACUUUGACCAUCACUGACUGCCCAUGUACCAUUGUCCACACCACUUCUGUUGCUCCAUCCACCGCACCAAAGUCUUCCGCUUCCGUCUUCACUGAUGGUGCUGCUAAGAUUGGUGUUGCCGGUUUAGCUGCUGCUGCAGGUGCUGCUGUCUACUUGUUAUAA